AUGAUGGUCUUCUGCUCGUUGCUGGAGUACGCCGCCGUCGGCUACAUCAACAAACGGAUGAAACUGGUCAAGAAGCGAAAAGAGUCCCGGUAGGGUUACGGUAGCUUUUGGAAAGGCGACGCGGUCGCGUUGCGUUUCAUUGAAAUUCGUGAAUUUUUCGAUUUUCUAGUUGAUCAUGGGAAUUCUAAAAUCGGUCAUAAAUAACCUCGAAAAUGUGCUUGACAAAAAAUUGUCAGGCUUUUGCGCUCCAUUGAUAAUCCUUGAAAAAAUCGAAUUUUCUCGGACCGUGGUAAUGCGAACGUUACGCGAAUCGUACGUGUCGGGGAAUUUCUAGGGACCACUUUAGUAGCCUCAGAACUCUUAAGUGAUCCCUAGAAUCGCCCAGAAACGUCCGUUUCGCGUUACCAAUGUCUGAGUUCGAGUAACUUUCUCAAGAUCGUGGGAAAUAACUUCAAUUUUGUGGAACCCCAGAAUUUUCCGAAUCAUCUCCAUGUGGAGCUUGAAAUUUCAGCUUUUUGCCGUCUUUUUUUUCAUAGAAUCCUCUCAGAUCGCUGGAUUUAUACUUCUUAUGGCUCUAGAAAAGUAAAAACCUCAAAAUCCGUGUCUCCUAGCUUUAUAGCCAAAAAUCGUAGCCAAUAAACACAUCGUAUCUUUUUUUCAAGAGCCGUACCAUUCCUCCCUUCGUCGCCGCCUUCCGAAGCACCUUCCAGAGCUUUAUCAGUCCCCUCCUACUUUCAUACCAACGGCUAUCGUCCAUUUUACUCCUCAACUGACCGAUCUUCCAACCUCUACAUUCCUGAAGCUCAACGGACGCCAAUGAUUGUCACGGUAAAGAGUUUUUUUUUUCCAAUCUCAGUUGAACCUUUUUUUGUAGACGGACGAGUGUCAGUGCAAUUUGACAGUGGAGGAUCCGUUUCCGAAUCACGCCAGGAUGUCCCACGCCUCCGUUGUUUUAUUCAAACGUGAGCGAAAAGUUUGGAAAAGGGUUUGAGGCUUCUGAGAGAAUACUCGGAUACGAUACGAAAAAGAGAAAAAAAAUUAGAAAAUUAAUGCGCAAAAGCUAGAGAGUAUUAGAAAGCGAGAGACACAGAGAAAUAGAUUAUGAAACUCUGGAGUCUUUAAGAGAAGUAAAAGUUGACGGAAAGCUAGAGACAGCGCGAAAAUGAGAGUCGCAGAGAUACCUAAAAAAUCUUGUAGCUAGAGAGUGCACUGAAAUGAGAGACGCAGAGACACAAAGAGUAAAAUUUCCUUUAUCGCUCUUUUUAAAAACGUUCACAGUUUUCUGUGUGAAUAAAAACCGAGUUCUUGAGAUCAUACAAGUGUUAGAGAGUUUGUGAAAGUAAGAGACGCAGAGCUGUAGCUUAUUUUACGUCUAGAUAGACUAUGAAAAUAGUAGUUGACAAGAAGCUAGAGACAGCGCGAAAAGGAGAGUCGCAGAGACACCUAACAAAUCUUAAAGCUUGACAGUGUACUGAAGUGAGAGACGCAGAGACACGAAGAAAAAAACUCCCGUACUCACGCUUUUUUAGAAACGUUUAUAGUUUUCUGCGUGAAUAAAAACCGAGUUCUAGAGAUCAUACGACGGCUAGAGUGUGUGAAAGUAAGAGACGCAGAGAUGCCUAAUAAAUCUUAAAGCUAGAGAGUGUACUGAAGUGAGAGACGCAGAGACACAAGCAGAAAAAGUUUUCUUUCUAAUGCUUAGACCUCUGUUGAAACGUCCUAGUUUCCUGGAUGAAUAAAAUUUUACCGAGUUCUAGAGAUCACACGAAAUGAAGAGACGCAGAGAUAAAAACGGAAAUUUUUCAGCGGAUCUCCCGAAACGGCAACGUUUCUGCAAGCCGUCGCUUCGAUGGUUCCGCCCUUCCAACAUCGACAAAUAUUCCCGCUCAAUCUUUCCUACAGUAAUCCCUUUUAAAGAUUACGGUAGCCAAAAAGAAAAACUUGAAAAUUUCCAGGUUUUCGUCAUCUUCAACAUUGCCUACUGGUCGUACUUCAUUCGGAUCAGCCAACUGGAAGAACGCCAGAAUAAUAUUCUUUGA